UCCACGCAACCCACUGCCUACCGUCUUUCAGGAGCCAUGAAGUCCCUAUUGUUCACCCUUGCAGUCUCUGUGCUCCUGGCCCAGUUGGUCUCAGGUAACUGGUAUGUGAGGAAGUGUGCCAACAAAACGGGAAACUGCAGGAAGAAGUGCAGAGCCGGAGAGGUGGUGACGGUGCCCGCCACGGGAAUGUGCCCCAAGCAGAAGUCGUGCUGCCUGCUGGUCAGCCAGGACUCGGCCGAAGUCUGUGGCGAGGGGUCCAAAUCUACCAAAGCUCCCGGAACGGGAGGCGGAAGCGGAAGUGCAGGUGGAGGCGGAGGGGCAGGAGGCGGAAGUGCAGGUGGAGUGACAGGAAGUGCAGGUGGAGGGGCAGGGGGAGGUGCAGGGGGAGGCACAGCGGGAAGCCCAGGCGGAGGCGCAGGUGGAAGUGCAGCGACAGGGGCCCCGGCAGCAGGUGAAGCGGCAGCAUCAGCAGGUACAACAGCGGCUGCAGCGGCUGCCGCCACCACCACCGCCGCCGCUACCGCCGCUGCUACGGAAGCUCCUGCGUAA